CGGCGUUGCGGCGCGCAACACACAGUCGUUCGUCAGACGUGGGACGGGACGGGUGUAUUUCGGACGGCUGUGAAGUAAAGCGAGGUGCCCCGUCGUCCUCGUCUCUCUCUCUCUCUUUUCCUCCUUCGGUCGUUCCGUCGCCCUCUCUCCCUCGCUCCUUUUCCUUCUUCCUCUCUUUCCCUCUUAUCUUCUCGCGGCCCCGCGACGACGGGGACGGCACGGCGUGCGAAGGAACCACAAACGGAGGCGCGCACCCGCGUACCUCGUAGGUAGCCAGCCUCUCUAUCCCGUGGUGCGUGCGUACGUGCGCGCCGUACACUCGUGUCUGCCUUGCCUGCCUGCCUGCUUACUCCCGGCCAUCCGCUUGGCUCUCUCUCUUUCUCUCUCUCUCUCUCUCUCGUCUCACUUCGCGUCGGCGGCGCAGCUGAGGAACCACGGCAGUCUCGCACCGGAGCAGCAGUCUAUUGCUCGCGCCGCGCUGUACAGGUUCGAGAAAUGGAGCUCGAGCAGGCGGCGCCGCAGGUGAACGCGGACCUGGAGAAGAAGACCAAGGAGAGCGGCGGCGGCGGCGGUGGCGUCUCCGGGGGUCACGGUGAUCAUAUCAAUGGCAUGUCCAAUGGUUUCGAUAAGAAAAGAGAACACAAAUCAGAGCACAGAGACAAAGACAGAGAGCGAUCUCACAAAUCGGAUCACAAAGACAAAGAUCGAAGCAGAGAUAAGGAGAGGAAUCACAAAAGUGAACACAGAGAUAAGGAUAAGGAUAAACACAGACAUAGCUCCAGUUCCGUUAAGGACAAGGAGAAGCAUGAUAGCAGCAAUAACAAGGAUAAAGACAAGGACAAAAAAAGUUCCUCGUCUAGCAAAGACAAGGAACACAAGAGUAGCAGUUUGUCCAGCAAGGAUAAGGAGAAGGAUAAAGACAAAAGCCGGGACAAGGAACAUCAUCACAAAUCAAGCUCGAGCUCCAAAGACAAAGACAGGCAUCACAGUAGUUCUAAGGACAAGGACAGCUCGAGCAAGGAUAAAGACAAGGAUUCGAAGAGCAAGGAUAAGGAUAGGCACAGACACAGUUCCUUGAACUCUAGCUCGCGCGACAAAGAUAAAGACCGAAGUAUCUCAAAGGACAAAGAUGGCAAGAAGCAUUCAUCGGAUAAGGACAAGGAUAGACAUUCCACUUCACACUCCUCGGGCGAUAAGGAGAAGCAUCGUUCGUCGGAGAAAGAUAAAGAUAAGCAUAGAGAAAGUUCGUCCAGCAGUAAAGACAAGCAUCGUCAUGAAAAAGACAAGGAUCGUCACCGCCAUGAUAAGGAUAAAUCUAAGCAUCGCGAGGAUAAGGAGAAGAAAGAUAAGGAGGAAGUUAAAGUAAAGGAAGAACUGAAAGAGAAAGAAGAAACAAAAGUAAAGUUAAAUCACUCAACUAAUGCAGACUAUCAUUAUACGUCAGUGAAGGUUGAGAUAAAGGAGGAUCCUAAUCCAGAAUUAGAUGAUGACGAUGACAGCGGUGGUGAGCGACCGCUCUAUAUUGAUGAACCAAUCAAGGAGGAGGCUAGUAUGGACUCGACUGAUGGAAAUGACACCAGGCUUUCGGAUCUCCAUAAUACGACCAUAAAGACGGAAGACUCGGAGGAGGAUAAACCUCUGUCUUCAAGAUCAAACGCAUCGCCAAGCGUGAAGAGAAAAAUCGAGUCGGAUGAGGAUGAUGACGUUCCGCUAUCGGCACGUAAGAAGUCCAAGAAAGGAGCUGCCACCGCGAAGACCAAGAAGAAGAAACGAGAUUACGUGGAUGAUGGCGAUUCUGAUGGCGAAGAACUUGCUACACAGAAACCAAAGAAGAAAAAUAAGAAAGUGAAAGAAGGAGAAAGUCCAAAGAAGAAAAAACAGGAGGAGGAACAACAGGAAGUUUGGAAAUGGUGGGAGGAAGACAUUAAGGCUGAUGGUUUGAAAUGGAAUUUCUUGGAACACAAGGGACCAGUAUUUGCACCACCCUACGAGCCCUUACCCUCCUCUGUGAAGUUUUACUAUAACAACAAGGAGAUUAAGCUAAGCCCGGAGACAGAGGAAGUCGCAACCUUCUAUGCUCGCAUGCUCGAGCAUGACUACACAACCAAGUCCGUGUUCAACAACAACUUUUUCCAUGACUGGCGGGAAGUGAUGACCGAGUCGGAGCGUGCCAAGAUCACCGAUCUGUUCAAGUGCAACUUUAAGGAGAUGCAUGCGUAUUUUGUGCAGAAAAACGAAGAGCGCAAGGCUAUGACGAAGGAAGAGAAGAAGAAGAUUAAAGAGAAGAAUGAUGAAAUACAGAAAGAAUUCGGCUUUUGCACUAUCGACGGCCAUAAGGAGAAGAUCGGCAACUUCAAGAUUGAGCCACCCGGCCUGUUCAGAGGCCGUGGCGAACAUCCUAAGAUGGGCAAGCUAAAGAAACGAGUGAUGCCGGAAGAUGUGAUGAUCAACUGCUCAAGAGAUUCAAAUAUACCGAAACCGCCGUCCGGGCAUAAGUGGAAGGAGGUACGGCACGACGCCACCGUCACGUGGCUCGCGUCCUGGACAGAGAACAUUCAGGGACAGGUGAAGUACAUAAUGCUGAAUCCAUCUAGCAAGCUCAAGGGCGAGAAGGAUUGGCAAAAGUACGAGACGGCGCGGAAGCUGGCGCAAUCGAUCGACAAGAUCCGUGCGGAAUAUCGGGAAGACUGGAAGAGCAAAGAGAUGCGCAUCAGACAGCGGGCAGUCGCUCUGUACUUCAUUGACAGGCUGGCGCUUAGAGCCGGUAACGAGAAGGACGAGGACCAGGCAGAUACCGUGGGCUGUUGCUCACUGCGAGUGGAGCAUAUCAAAUUGCAUGAGCAGAGGGAUGGCAAGGAGUACGUCGUCGUGUUUGAUUUCUUAGGUAAAGAUUCCAUUCGAUAUUACAACGAGGUGCCAGUGGAGAAACGCGUCUUUAAGAAUCUACAGCUCUUCAUGGAAAAUAAAUCCCCCGGAGAUGAUCUAUUCGACCGCCUCAACACCACCGUGAUGAAUAAGCAUCUGAACGAACUGAUGGACGGUCUUACCGCUAAAGUAUUCAGAACUUACAACGCGUCGUGGACGCUGCAACAGCAGCUGGAUAAACUGACGGAUCCGAAUGAUACGGAGGCCGAGAAGAUCCUCUCGUACAAUCGUGCCAAUCGCGCUGUCGCCAUUCUGUGUAACCAUCAGCGUGCCGUACCAAAAACGCACGCGAAAUCCAUGGAGAACCUAAAGGCGAAGAUCGACGCGAAGAAGGAGGCGAUAGCCGAGUGCGAACUGCAAGUGAAAGAUGCUAAACGAGACGCGAAACAUGGCUCAGUAAAGGAAAAAGUAGCAUACGAAAAGAAGAAGAAACAACUAGACAGAUUGAAAGUUCAAUUAACGAAACUGGAAGUCCAGGCGACCGAUCGAGAGGAGAACAAAGAGAUCGCGCUGAGUACUUCCAAGUUGAACUAUCUCGAUCCUAGAAUUUCCGUUGCAUGGUGUAAGAAACACAAUGUUCCGAUCGAAAAGAUCUACAACAAGACUCAAAGGGACAAGUUCCGAUGGGCCAUAGACAUGGCGGGACCCGACUACGUGUUUUAACCCCGCGAGUCGCCAUCACAAGUGCUGUCAUCAUCGUCGCCGCCAACGCGUGUGUGAUUGGAGUACAACUCCUGCCGACGAUAUAUAUAUAUAUAUAUCUAGUGAAAUUUUACGUUUCUAACGAGAAGCCAGGAGACUUAAGUAAGACGAAAGGAAAGAGCUAAAAAAAAAAGAAAAAAAGAACAGUAUAAACGGUACGGAAAACAUUUUUUACACUUACGCGAUAUAAAUGUGAGAGUGCGGGAACAUAUUUUCUAUAGGAUAAUACAUGCGUCACGCGCGCAUUAAAUUCACAUGCGAUUGGUAUAUCCUAAAGUGGCGUUUAACUUGGAAUGCGGCAUGCACGGAUUCGACGACGGGCUCGUCCUGAAUCGGAAUCGCGUAACGCGUGCCGUUUUUGCCACGCGAUAAGGUUCUAACCACAUCGCUCUAGCUUGUUCGUCUCUAUGUUCAUAGUUUGUACGAGGCACUUGGACGUGAUAAUCUACAUAGGAAUGUUGAUCUACAAGGAAAAGGUCAUCACCCAGCGAAUUGCGGGCUGACUCUCAAACGAAAACGCGGGAGAGAGGAGCACGAUUUUAUUUUUGUUUAGGUAGAAAUUUAUUCUGACCAUGUGUGUGGAUUAGGAAAUUAGCAAAAAAAAAAGAAUUUUUGUGUGGACAAAAAGGAGGGAGAGAGCACCGUUAAAAUUUAACAGCGGGCAUGCGUGAGGUGUGGUGCGACAAUUAAAUUCUGCACGAGGGAUUGUUUGGGGGAUUGUGAUGGGGUUUCUUCGUGCCGACUGAGAAAGCAUGCGAGAAGCUGUAACUACGUUAUUGUAUAUAUUGUAGGACAAGUUCGUGCGAAUGAGGCGGAUUCAGUUUGCGCUAUGAUUAUCGAUAUUAAGAGAAGGAAGGAAGGAAGAAAGAAAAAAAAGAAAAGGGCAAAAGGAAAGAGAAACCAACUUUUGAAGUAGGCAGCUGAAUGAAUUUUAUAUUUCCCUUUAGCGAGCAUAACACGCAUAACGCGCAUGUUGUUUCUCUCAUAAAUGUAUGAUAAUAUCAUUCAUCGAGUAUCACGUUUACAUUUUGCAACAAUCGUGUCGAAGACAUAUGUAUUCGUAGAGACAUAUUCGAUAGUGUGCACUUCUCUUUUUGAUAUAUGAAUGAAGAAAAACAGGAAAAGCAACUAGCAAAUUCUCGCCGGAUCGCGGUUCGUCCCACCUUUUACCCCUCCCCCCCCUUAAAAAAACGUAGUAUAAAGAAUGCCGAAAAAAAUAUAUUUAAGUGAAUCAUAUCGCUUUUAGCGAUUUAUGUUUUAUAAGAUGAUAUCUAUAGGCUAUAAAAAUAAACGAGAAAAAUGUACCCCUU